CGAAAGAAAGAAAAAAAAAGGGGGAACCAGCCAUGCUUUGAGAAACCGGUAAAGCUUGAUGAUUUUCCCUUCUUUUCUUGUUCUAGAACCUGAUUUGGAACCCAGAAAUCUCCCCCCCUGCAGAAAGCUUUCGGAUCUGCUCUGCUCUUCCCUCUGCUGUCCGUCGGCUGCUCUUGUUUGUGGGGGCAAAUUGCUUGGGUUUUUGCUUGCCGCCGGCCUUCUUUCCCCUGCCAUGUCCGGUUUCUGCAGCUGUAAAUUAUGCUUUAGGACCAUGAUUAAGCACUAAUUCAAGUGGGAUUUAUGUGAUUGAGUGUUAAUUGCUUGUUGUGAUUUUUGGAGAGAAAAUCCCGUGAGAUUAGCUAGUGUUUUGGCCAAUUUGUGGGGGUGGAGUUACUGUUCACGUCGGGGUACUGUUCACCGGUUACUGUUCACACCCCGAGGGCCAACAUUUAACAGGGAUUUAAAUGAUUAGUUUGUGAUAUGAGAACGAAUUUGGAGAUGUCCGAUCAUGUGGAAAGUGAUAAAAAUAGCAUUGUGAUUAGGAAUGAUCCUAAUGAUGAUUUCAAUGUGAAUUUGUGAUAGUACCGUAUUGAUUCUUGGAUGUUUUGAUUAGGUUCCCGAUCAUUCUGUCAGUUUAGUACGUGAAUUGAGUGCUCGGUUUUAUGCGAGUGAGGUAAGUAAAUUUAUGGUAAUGCCCGUACUGUUUUUAAAAGCAUGUUUUGAUUUGUUUUUGAAGUGGUGGCGGGACUAAACCCGUUUUACAUGAGCAUGACUGAUUUUAAGUGAAAUGUUUUAUGCUUUUCAUUAAAUUGAGCAUGCCUACUUGAAAGUUUAAAUGACUAUCCUAAUGAUUUGAAAGUGAUUGUGAAUCGUGAUUUUUCUGUUAACCGCCUGUUUUGUCUCCGAUAUGAUCAUGUUAUUCGUGUGCCCGCUAGUGGGAGGUUUAUAAACGCUAGCACAUGUCGACAUGUUACUGAUAGAACCGGUUCGUUUCUGUAACCCUACUAGUGGGGGUUAAACACUAGUAAUUUCUGUAGCCCGCCAGUGG